GUGCUCCCCUUCUGCCGGGUCUGUCCGCGAUGGCGGAGGCCAACGCGGAGGUGGUUGCGGUCCCCGUGUCAGGGGCGGCCAAUGGCCUCAGCGAUGGGGCCAUCGCGACCCCCGCGCAGCCCAACAACCCGCUGUCGCGCAAGCUGCACAAGAUCCUGGAGACACGGCUGGACAAUGACAAGGAGAUGUUGGAAGCCCUCAAGGCCCUUUCAGCUUUCUUUGUCGAAAACAGUUUGCGGACUCGAAGAAAUUUGCGUGGUGAUAUUGAGCGUAGAAGCUUAGCCAUCAAUGAAGAAUUUGUAAGCAUUUUCAAAGAAGUGAAAGAGGAACUUGAAAGCAUCAAUGAAGAUGUCCAAGCAAUGAGCAGCUGUUGUCAGGACAUGACGAGUCGCUUACAGGCAGCAAAAGAACAGACUCAAGAUUUAAUAGUAAAGACCACUAAGCUUCAGGCAGAAAGCCAACGACUAGAAAUUAGAGCACAAGUGGCGGAUGCCUUUUUAUCCAAGUUCCAGCUGACUUCUGAUGAAAUGAGUCUUCUCCGAGGUACAAGAGGAGGCCCCGUUACUGAGGACUUUUUCAAGGCAUUAGGAAGAGUGAAACAGAUUCAUAAUGAUGUCAAAGUUCUUUUGCGAACCAACCAGCAGACAGCAGGUUUGGAGAUUAUGGAACAGAUGGCCUUGCUUCAGGAAACGGCUUACGAAAGACUUUACCGAUGGGCUCAAAGUGAAUGCAGGGCGCUGACACAAGAAUCCUGUGAUGUGUCUGUGGUAUUAACUCAGGCCAUGGAAGCCCUGCAGGACAGGCCUGUCUUAUACAAGUACACCUUAGAUGAAUUUGGAACGGCCAGGCGAAGUACCGUUGUUCGUGGGUUUAUUGAUGCUCUCACAAGAGGAGGGCCAGGAGGUACACCCAGACCCAUCGAAAUGCACGCCCAUGACCCACUGAGGUAUGUGGGAGAUAUGCUGGCAUGGCUCCAUCAAGCUACUGCCUCUGAGAAGGAGCAUCUGGAAGCUCUCUUAAAGCACAUAACUGCACAGGGUGUUGAAGAAAAUAUUCAAGAAGUCGUUGGGCAUAUCACUGAGGGUGUGUGUCGGCCUCUAAAGGUUCGAAUUGAACAAGUCAUACUUGCUGAACCUGGGGCAGUUUUAUUGUAUAAAAUUUCUAACCUCCUCAAGUUUUACCACCAUACAAUCAGUGGCAUUGUUGGAAACAGUGCAGCUACUCUACUGACGACAAUUGAAGAAAUGCACUUGCUAAGCAAAAAAAUAUUCUUCAAUAGCUUGAGUCUCCAUGCGAGUAAACUGAUGGACAAGGUUGAGCUUCCGCCUCCUGACCUUGGGCCCAGUUCCGCCCUGAGUCAGACACUCACUUUGCUGCGGGAUGUUCUGGCGUCACAUGAUUCUUCUGUGGUUCCCUUGGAUGCUCGGCAGGCUGACUUUGUGCAGGUUUUGUCGUGUGUCUUGGAUCCUCUCCUCCAGAUGUGUACAGUGUCAGCCAGCAAUUUAGGCACAGCUGACAUGGCCACGUUCAUGGUCAACUCACUGUACAUGAUGAAGACAACACUAGCUCUGUUUGAAUUCACAGACAGGCGCCUGGAGAUGCUACAGUUCCAGAUUGAAGCCCAUUUGGACACUCUUAUAAAUGAGCAAGCAUCUUACGUUUUAACAAGAGUUGGCUUGAGCUACAUCUACAAUACUGUACAGCAGCAUAGGCCUGAUCAGGGUUCUUUAGCCAAUUUGCCUAACCUGGAUUCUGUGGCACUGAAGGCUGCAAUGGCUCAGUUUGAUCGCUACCUCUCAGCCCCAGACCACCUGCUGAUGCCACAGCUCAACUCCCUGCUCAGUGCCACAGUGAAGGAGCAGAUUGUAAAGCAGUCUACUGAGCUGGUCUUCAGAGCCUAUGGGGAAGUGUAUGCAGCCGUGAUGAACCCAGUCAACGCAUACAAAGAUCCAGAGAGUAUCCUACACAGGUCGCCCGAGCAGGUGAAGACACUGCUCUCCUGAUGAUCUGGAUGGCAUCUGCAGAUUAUUGCUGCCUGGGAACACCAAGGGUGGUUUGGGUUUUUAAUCUAGGAGUCUUUACUUUGAAGAUUGAGAAUUACGCUUUUCUUUGUAUGAGACUGUAGGUCAGUAUAUCAAUGUUGACUUGAAUCUCUACUGCUGUGUAUCCUCUGUAGGCAGCAAAGUUCUCUUGGUCAUUAGCUGC